AUGCUUAAAGAAUUAAUUUUUCUGACACUUCUACAGUACUCCCGGUCCCUUCUCAGUGAUCCAAUAUGCACAAAUGGAUACACUUUGGUCAAUAACAAAUGUUUGAAGCUUUUCAUUGACAAAGUAACUUAUCAGAAUGCGGAGAGAAAUUGUAUGGAUGUUGGAGCAACAUUGGUGACUGUCAAAAAUGCUAUUGACAACCACGCUAUCAGUACUGUAGCCGGUUCUUCAGCAAACACCAUCUGGAUGGGUCUGUUCUGUUUGGAUAAUGACCCAUCGAAAUGCCUCUGGGAUGAUUCCACUGUAUCUGCGGAGCUCUACAGUAAUUUUGCUCCUGGUUUUCCCCAUGUCGAUGUUGGAAAAUGUGUGUACUACUCUUCCCAAGGAGCAUUGACUGGAAAAUGGAUCAGUGGAGAUUGUGAUAUGGAUAAGCUGGCUUAUAUUUGUGAACUACCAUAUACCCAUGCAGGUUCCAAAUUUUCCAGACGACUGCCAAUACAAUACAACGGCCAUUGCUAUUCCUUCUACGAUGCUCCAUUACCAUUCACCCAAGCUCAAGAGAAAUGCGAAAAAGAAUGUGGAAACCUAGCAUCAAUUCAUUCCCCAAACGAGAACCGUUACCUAGCAACCCUCUCCAACCGUCUGAUUUCGGGAUACAACAUUUAUAUCGGAGGCAUGUGGCCCCUUCCCAACGUCUUCAACUGGAUUGACGGCUCUCAGUGGUCUUAUAACAAUAUAGAUCCUUCCUAUUCCCAUGGCCCUAACUGUAUGACAAUUUCUAACUCCAAAUCUAGCUCCGUAGCUUCUGGAUUCUGGUUUAGUAUGAAUUGCUACCAAGCCAACGCCUUCAUUUGCAAAACGCCCACUGGAACUAAAUGCCCAGCUAAUCAGCCAGUGGUCCAAGUCACUCCAGUCCCUUACAAUCCCUCAUUCUGCAAUAAUAGCAUUCUAUUGGCUCCUGGAGUCAUCUCCUCUCCGGAUUUCCCACUACCGUACUCGGGAUUCCAGUCAUGCACUUAUCAAUUAAGUACCCUUGGAUCGUUCAAUAUUCUUUUGAGGUUCAGUGAUUUUCAAUUGGAAUCUGGGAAGGAUUUUGUGAAGGUUUACGAUGGAUCUAGUGAGAAUAGCAAGUUGUUGGGGAGCUUCACUGGACAAGAGGAUGCGUUUGCAUUGGUCUCGAGUGGAAAUACCAUGUUGGUUACGUUUAAAACUGGAUCUACCAAAGGAUCGGCUGGUUUUAGUGCCAGAUACACACCGUACUCUUUUUCAAGAUAA